UCGCUGAGCUGCCAUUUUGUUGUUGGGAUCAGAGCGGGGACGCGGCACGCGUUAUUCUGUAAAUGAAUAAUACGAUUAUCUGGUAGCGGAGCAGGUAUAACGCCGAGCCACGAUGCUUUCUGCAGCCCAGUUGCUGGAUGAGUUAAUGGGCCGGGAUCGGAACUUGGCUCCGGAUGAGAAGCGAUGUAAUGUCCGCUGGGAUGAUGAAUCUGUCUGCAAAUACUACCUGUGCGGCUUCUGUCCUGCUGAACUGUUCACAAACACACGCUCAGACCUGGGUCCUUGUGAAAAAAUCCAUGAUGAAAACUUGAGGAAACUGUAUGAGAAGAGCUCGCGCUUCAUGAAGGAAGGAUACGAGCGGGAUUUCCUGCGGUACCUGCAGAGUCUACUGGCCGAGGUGGAGCGCAGGAUUCGCAGGGGUCACGCUCGUCUGGCCCUGUCCCAAGCCCAGCAGAACUCUGGAACGCCGGGUCCAUCUGGGAAGAACGAGGAGAAAGCUCAGGUGCUCACAGAGAAGAUCGAGGAGCUCGUUGUUCAGAUCGAGGAGCUGGGUUCGGAGGGUCGUGUCGAGGAGGCGCAGGGCAUGAUGAAGCUGGUGGAGCAGCUGAAGGAGGAGCGUGAGGAGCUCAGUUCCACUCAUUCAACGAUCGAGAGCUUUGCGGCUCAGGAGAAGCAGAUGGAGGUGUGUGAAGUAUGUGGGGCUUUCCUUAUCGUGGGUGACGCUCAAUCCAGAGUGGACGAUCAUCUAAUGGGCAAACAGCACAUGGGCUAUGCCAAAAUCAAAUCCACAGUCGAGGAACUGAAGGAAAAGCUGCGUCGGCGCUCCGAGGACCCGGAGAAAGAAGAUCAAGGCAAGAAGGUAAAGGAUGACCGCGAGCGCGAAAGAGAGGAGCGAGAGAAGAGACGCAAAGAGGAGGAAGAGAAAGAGCGAGAGAAGGAGAGAGAAGGGAGCGAGAGAAGGAGAGAGAGGGAGCGGGAGAGAGAUCGAGACAGAGACCGGGAACGGGAGAGAGAUCGGGACCGGCGCAGCAGGAGGAGUCACUCCAACAGCAGACACUCCAGCCGGACGUCAGACCGCCGCAGGAGCCGCUCCAGAGACAGGAGGAGGUCCAGGAGUAAAGAGAGAGAGCGCAAGCGCAGCAGGAGUCGUGAUCGUGAAAGAAGGCGCAGUCGGGAUCGCUCGGACCGGAAGCGUCGCUCUCGCAGCCGGGACAGGAGGAGAUCCCGCAGCUCUGAGCGCAAGAGCCACCGGCACCGUAGCCGCAGCAGAGACCGAGAUCGGGACAGAGGAGACAGAGACAAGGACAAAUCCUCCAAGGACAAAGAGCACAAGGACUCUUCGGAUGAGAAAAGGAGCAGCAGAAAGGGCUCUGUAGAGAGGUGUAAUGAGCUCUCCAAGCCCGAGCCCAUGGAGGCCGAGCCUCCCAAAGCAGAAGUGAACGGCACGGUUCAAGAGCUACAUUCUGAAGGUGACACACAGUCCAAUUAAAACUGAUCUGAUAGGACCUCAGAUCAGCCCCAGGUAAGUGCACCGUCCUCCCCGGCCCGGGUCUCUCCCCCCUCUCCCCUUCCCCCCUUUUUCUUUCAGUUCUGUCUGUGAUUUUUCUUCCUGUUUUUUAAUAGUGCAUCGUAAGUAUGCACUGAAGAUGGGACUAGGCUGAUGAAACGGAAGAAAGUAGAAUGAAACAAACCCAGAGGGAAAGGCCAGUGUAGUCCUGAAAAACAUGCUUGGAGGUACCUCGUUUUGUAUCGGUCAUACAUCUGUCUCUUUAGACAAGUUCUCUUCCAAAUUUACGUGUUUUGUUACUUUAUUUAUUUAUUUUUUUUCCCCUAACUCUCUUCUCUACCUCAACCUGUUGACUUUAUGCUCGCAGUAAGAUUGAAACUAGUCUAUUGCACAUCUAAAAUGACCGUGUGCUCAUAUGUGUGUACAUGCAUAAGCGCACGGCAUUUUACCAUCUGAUGUCUGUUCAUUGAUGCGUUCAUUGAACUGCAGUGAAUAUUGCUUGAUUUUUCUUCUUUUUUUAUAUUGGAGUUACAUGGAUAUGUUGCACUUUUUAAUACCGUCUGUUCUUAACGUUGAGAUCCGCUAGCUUUUGGGAUGAUGGAAAAGUGUAGGGUUAAUGAAUUAUUGCAGCUGACUUCCACACCUCACACAGCGUUGGUGUUGUGAGCGACCCCCCUCACAUGAAAAGUCCAUUUAGAAAUCAAGGAUACUGUCAAUCUGUGCAGGUAUUCACUCAGGUAUUCCUUUCACUACCCACAUCCAUUUGAAUGCUGUUGCCUUGUGAACGUGUCUCAGAGCUUGAUGUUUGUUUUACCCUAUCUCUUUUUUCCCAGUUUGAAAAUGUCCUCAGUUUUGCUUCUCUUGGUUUCAAGUGCUACACCUAAAACUGGUGGACGUAACAUGUCAGGUUCACAGAUGAGCUCAGUUGAUAUCCCACAGUAAUCUUUAAUAAACAAACUAAAAGAUCAGCUCAGAUCCAGCUCAACAGUUCUUUCUCCUUGUUUGUGUUGCUUAUUUUCAUUUUGCCUUUUCAGUAAACAGCAGUAGGUUUGAAUAUGGGCUGGGUGAUAUAGCUAAACGUCUUUAGUGAUCGCGUUCGAACUAUAAAAUAUUGUUUAGAGGUUUGUCUUUACUGAAAUGUACCGCUCAGUGG